AUGGAAGAAUGGGGGGUUGGCCCGUCGUGGUUGAGCGAUAGCAGCCGUUGGCCGACCGGUCCGACCGCCCCUGACUUGAAAGGAACUGUAGAAAUUAGUAAAGAAGAAAAAACAAUAAAAGAAAUAACAAUAGGUACGGUAGUCACCGAAGGACGAUGGUACGAGCAUCAUAGUCGCCUGCGUUCCAUCAUACGGAUUUGGGCGACGGUCCGAAGAGCGGCUAGCCGGUUUCAAGGAGGAUCCAGCCCGGACACGUCAAUGCCAGCCGUCGCCUUUGGAAGAGUCUUCCCAAUGCUCACGGUGGAAGAAAUAGAAGCCGCGGAGAUAGACUUGUGGAGGGACGCUCAAACCAACGCUUACCCCGAAGUCAUUAAAGCGCUAAAACAGGGUCAACCUCCCCGGCACGAGAAGCUACGAAAACUUGGCCUCCUCUGGGACGAGAAAUCCCGAGUGAUCAGAUGUGUCGGCCGCCACCAAAAUUGGCUCAGCUACAACAACAAAACCGCGGUAAUACUCAUACCGGAGGACCAUUACCUGACGAAGAAAAUCAUAGAGCAGACACACGAGAGACUCCAACACACCGGAGUCAGCACAACGAUGGUCGAGAUAAGACGCACGUUCUGGAUACCACUCCUAAGACAGACGGUCAAAAGGGAACUUCGCCGAUGCGUCCGAUGCCAGAAGCUGGACGCCCGAGCCUUUAAUGAAAUCCCGGGCCCACUGCCGUUAGACCGACUACAAAUGUCUAACCCGUUCGAAGUAACGGGAGUCGAUUUUGCCGGACCAUUCCCCCUUACGACGGGGCAAGUAAACACCGAGGAUAAGGGGUACAUCUGCUUGUUCACCUGUGCGGUGACUCGGGCCGUUCAUUUGGAAGCCACCACCGGACAAGACACAACUACAUUCAUUCACGCACUAAGAAGAUUUUUUGCGAGGCGUGAAGUGCCGAAAGUAAUGUACUCAGACAACGCCAGCGCCUUCACCCAAGCGGCUCGAUACUUGAGGGCCUCAUAUAGAAGUGAACGUGUGUAUAACACGCUUCUGGACCUCAAGGACGACGACGAACCGUUAACACCGAUGCAACUGAUAUCCGGACACCGACAACGUCAAAAACACCCAGUCGACGAAGAAGAAAGGGAAUACUCGGACCGCACCGUAGUAACGCGGCGAGAAAGAAAACGAAGGAAGCUACUAGGAAUCUGGUGGGAGAACUUUUACAAAGAAUACGUAGCAGACUUAGAAAGAUUCCACUGCCCGUCGCCAAACAACACAAAAACAGUGGAAAUUGGACAGGUAGUCCUUGUUCAUGACGACAACUGUAAACGGUCAAAAUGGAAGACAGGCCGAGUAGCCAAGAUCUACCCCAGCUCCGACGGCAAGAUCAGACGGGUGGCGGUAUUAAUUGCCGAUAAAAUGAAGGGAGUCGGCUCGACACCGAUCUACCGGGACAUGAAAAAUCUAUUCCCUCUCGAACUCCACGCGGGGCAGAUAGAUGACGGCCCAUCCAACACAGCACCCUUCCCGCCAGACAGAAACCCGCCGUCAGACUCUGACUCGGACUCUGAGUUGGACGAUGGUCCAACGGGGGGAGUGUCAGAAAAUCUGACGGCCGAUCCACAGUCAGCCGGUCGAUCUGAGUCCGGGAAAGAAAACACAGGACCGAAGAACGAAGGGACAGAAACCCUAGGCGGAGAAAUCCAGCCGAGGUCCGCAGACUAA